AUGGGAUUAAUUAAGCUUUUGAAAGGGUUUUCAUUGCAGAGCGAAGCGGAUUCUUCUGCUACUGUAGAGAAGAUCAAGGAGGCUAUUGAUGUUUGUGAUUCAAGUGAGUGCACUGGUGAUUGUGUCAAUGAAGACGCAGAUGAAAAAGAUGCAUUACAAAAAGAUGAGGGAAUCUUUGCGAAGUUGAAAAUUGACCAUGAACAACCUUUGUAUGGAUCUUCAACGACUUCUAAAAUACAUUUUAUCAUUCCGACAUCUCAAACUGAUUGGGCGCAUGAUGCUUGUAUGGAAAAGCCAGGAUCCGUUCAAGCUGUGAUGCAAAAAUGGAUCAAUGCUAAUAGUGACAAGUACUCUGAUAUUGAAAGUGAAGGUGAGACCAUUCGUUGUUCAGUAUCAUCUCUACCGAUUGAUUUGUUGGAUAUUGAUGUCAUGAAGAAUACAAAGAAUGAUGUUCUUAUCUUUCCGCAUUUCUUAAAGAUAAAAGCAGUGAAAUCAGAUCUUGUUGCUGAGCUUCUUAAUGAAGUUGUACCAUUACUUUUGAAGAAUGAACGUGGAACACUACUAGCGAAAGAUUACAUUGAAGAAAUUAAAGACAACUCGUUCAUCCUUUUAUGUUCUCAUAGAACUAGAGAUAAGAGAUGUGGUAUCACAGCUCCUAUUCUAGAAAAACACUUUAACAAACAUCUACAACGCCAUCAUCUUUACAGAGAUAACUCAGACUUCAGACCUGGUGGUUGUCGUGUGGCUUAUGUUAAUCAUGUCGGUGGCCACAAAUUUGCUGCGAAUGUUAUCAUCUAUUUGAAGAAGACCCAUCAAUUAAUAUGGUUAGGAAGAGUAACUCCGUUGCACGCAGAACCACUAAUUGAGUGCCUAAUUGUACCGAACGAACCAAAAUUGCCAUACCCCGAAAAAGUUCGUUGCGUGGCUAAGUAUAAAUUUUGA